AUGCCAUCUUCUUUACGACGAUUACGGAAGGAUGAGCAGAGCCACGCUUGUUUCUGUAAUCUACAAUCCAAACUGUACGUAUUCCUUGGGGUUUUCCCUGGGCAACUGGACAAAUCCAAUAAAUUAUUAUUAUUAUUAUUAUUAUUAUUAUUAUUAUUAUUAUUAUUAUUAUUAUUAUUAUUAUUAUUAUUAUUAUUAUUAUUAUUAUUAUUAUUAUUAUUAUUAUUAUUAUUAUUAUUAUUAUUAUUAUUAUUAUUAUUAUUAUUAUUAUUAUUAUUAUUAUUAUUAUUAUUAUUAUUAUUAUUAUUAUUAUUAUUAUUAUUAUUAUUAUUAUUAUUAUUAUUAUUAUUAUUAUUAUUAUUAUUAUUAUUAUUAUUAUUAUUAUUAUUAUUAUUAUUAUUAUUAUUAUUAUUAUUAUUAUUAUUAUUAUUAUUAUUAUUAUUAUUAUUAUUAUUAUUAUUAUUAUUAUUAUUAUUAUUAUUAUUAUUAUUAUUAUUAUUAUUAUUAUUAUUAUUAUUAUUAUUAUUAUUAUUAUUAUUAUUAUUAUUAUUAUUAUUAUUAUUAUUAUUAUUAUUAUUAUUAUUAUUAUUAUUAUUAUUAUUAUUAUUAUUAUUAUUAUUAUUAUUAUUAUUAUUAUUAUUAUUAUUAUUAUUAUUAUUAUUAUUAUUAUUAUUAUUAUUAUUAUUAUUAUUAUUAUUAUUAUUAUUAUUAUUAUUAUUAUUAUUAUUAUUAUUAUUAUUAUUAUUAUUAUUAUUAUUAUUAUUAUUAUUAUUAUUAUUAUUAUUAUUAUUAUUAUUAUUAUUAUUAUUAUUAUUAUUAUUAUUAUUAUUAUUAUUAUUAUUAUUAUUAUUAUUAUUAUUAUUAUUAUUAUUAUUAUUAUUAUUAUUAUUAUUAUUAUUAUUAUUAUUAUUAUUAUUAUUAUUAUUAUUAUUAUUAUUAUUAUUAUUAUUAUUAUUAUUAUUAUUAUUAUUAUUAUUAUUAUUAUUAUUAUUAUUAUUAUUAUUAUUAUUAUUAUUAUUAUUAUUAUUAUUAUUAUUAUUAUAUUGA